ACCAGCCUUACUCCCUCUCCUUUCACAUUUGCCCAUCAUGUCUGGACGUCAGCAGAGGGUGAUGGUUCAGCCCAUCAAUGUCAUCUUCAAGAACUUGCAACAGAGGACAAAAGUCGUGAUCUGGUUGUACGACAACAUUGAUAUGCGCAUUGAAGGGACUAUCAUUGGUUUCGACGAAUUCAUGAACAUCGUGAUCGAAGACGCGGCAGAGGUCUACGUGAAGGACGCAAAGCCUAGGCGAGAGCUUGGUCGCAUACUGCUAAAAGGCGACAACAUCACGCUCAUCCAACAAGUUGUUUGAAUCGCCUUCAUGUUCUGCUCCGCCCCGUUCGUGUAAAAGUGUGGACUGCUCGCCCACAUGUUGUACGUUUUGCUGUGGUAUUACUUCUGACUUGCCGCUCUCGAUGAUAUUCAC